AUGGCCUCUGAAGACGAGGACUACUUCCUCCCACCAGAGGGAGUACGCCCCUUCAGCUCCGGCGUCCGCCGCAAACGCGUGCAGUUCGUACCCUCCUCCAACCUAGACACAACAACAGCACCUGCACCAGCGCCCUCAUCCUCCGGUACCAGCAUUGCAGACAAAUACCUCUCUAUUGUAAUGAACCAGUCGGCCCCAAAUACAUCACCAAGCACACCUACCCAGCGCGUACCGUCACCACCAAUCCGCACACAAUCCGCACCGCCAAUCCAAGACACAAUUCCGCCUCCACCCUCAGCGGCGACUACGCCCGCGGCCCCGGAAUACUGCGACGUGUGCAAUCUACCUCUCCCACCACAAUCUUCGGCGGAUGCAACAGACCUAAAACACCGUCCGCAUGAAGCAUCCCUCGCACAUCAAAUCUGUCUCGCUCACUCCCAUCCACCGUCACAUCUCGACCGCACGCGCCCAGGUCUCCGAUACCUCUCUACCUACGGCUGGGAUCCUGACAGUAGGCUUGGGCUCGGUGCGUCUGGCCGUGAGGGUAUCCGUGAGCCUAUUAGACCUCGUGCCAGGCCUGGUACUGCUGGACUGGGGGCUGGACUUGAUGAAGAUGGAGAUCCGUUGCCGCCACGCCCACCGCCAGUGAAGGUGCAGAAGCUUAAUUCCAAGGAAGUACGGAAGAAGGCCGCGGAGGAUAGGAGGAGGGCGGAGAGAAUCAGGAAGGCUUUUUAUCAGAAUGAUGAGGUUUUGAAGUAUCUUGGGGAAGGUGUUUAG